CAGAAGUUCACGCAUUUAUUUGCGACCUCCGACUUCAUCCUUUCCGGUGGUGGUUUGGCAAAACUUAAAAAAUCGCUCACACUCUGCUGUCUGUCACCGCCGCCGGUACCGGAUCCGCAGCCGCCGCAUGAACGUUGAAGAUGUCUCCGGAGAUGGGAUGAGCCUGUUUUUUUGCUGUCGUAUGACAGAACAGCUUUGCAUAAAGCACACUGAACAAACCCGGUUGGCUCAUUUUGAAGACCUGGAAGUGAGCUCAUCAUCAAAGACGGACCAACUUGCCCUUCCAGAAGUGACAUCUUGACCCUUGGACUUCAGAGAGACAUGGAUGCAAUGAUAGGGAAUGCAUGUCUCAGGAUAGUCCGGGAAAUGGCAAAUAUGCAGGGACGGGAUGUUUUUGUCGCUGACCUGCAUGUGACACGAACAUGGCUACCUCCCACCAACGGCGAUCCCCUGCUCCAUUUCCCAAAAGAUGCCAUCAUCAUCCCACUGUGGAUUCCAGGGCAAGAACAUUAUACCAUUUACACAACACUUUACUACUCUUCUAAUUAUACUGCUGCCAGUUGUUUUGGACGUCUGCUGAUGUCAUUUCCUGCUAAGUUACAACCAGUCAGCUACUCCAGAGCAGAUGUUGCACAGCAGACAGCUGUGGGAACCUGGACGGAGACAACUGCUCUGGAUUUGGAGGGUGUUCCUGAGCAGACACAUGGCAAUGAUUGUGGUGUCUUCAUGAUAAUGGAUGACACGUGUCUCCUGGGAAGAUGGUGGUGCAUUGUCCUUUUAGAAAACCUUGGCCUGGAAGGGUUUGGAAGGAAGUUUGCCCAUUUUACAGAAGAGGGACAGGCAACCCUUGGUACCAAUGUACCACCGGUAUUCAGGAUAAAAAGAAAACAUGAAAGCAGCACCAUGGUCAGUGAAGACCUUACCCCUGCCUGUUUGAAAAUAGGUCACCACUUUCAGGGAUGGAAGGAUUCUGAGACGGCAGUAGUCCCACAAUUAUCAGUUGUCGUAUUGAGCUUUUCCAAUGUGUUUUGGUUGUGUCAGGCGUGCCGGUGAGUGAUCUGGAGGUGAGGAUCCACACGCGGGUGAGGAAGGAGGCAGGCAGGCUGACAGGAACAUUUAAAGGGUUUUAAUGAGACACGCAGGCCAAUGAAACAAUGAACCAACCAGACAAAAUGGACUAACAGGGUUUAAAUACAGGGGGAGCUGGGACCUUGGGUGAUUGGGAGACGAGAGGCAGGUGGCAGCAACUAACAUGAACACAGGACAGGGUGUGACUUGUUGAUUUGUUGAUUUUAAAAAGCAGAAAGUUUGAUAUGUUGUCAACUUUCAAUGGUGGUAUAAUAAGUGUAAAUAUCAAUCCUCUUUGGAUAACUGUAAAACAAACUGAUACCUUUAUUUGCAUUCCUCUGAGUCCACAGGACACCGACCAUGUGUGUUUUAAGGCCCUGUCCACACGUAGCCGGGGAUCUGCCGAAACGUAGAUAUUUUUCUACGUUUUGAUCUGUCAUCCACAUGAAAACAGAGUUUUUUCACACGAAAACGGAUCUUUUUAAAAACUCCGGCCAAAGUGAAGAUCUGCGUUUUCUCCGUUUUGGGUGUCUGCGUGUGGACAGACAAAACCGGAGUUUUAAGGUCCGCAACGUCACUUUCCGCGACAAAAAAAUGCUGACAUCACGUGUGCGACCUGUGUUUACACUAGCCGACAGCAUGGAUGCCCUCAGAGCUGCGCUCCCUUUAUCAAUUGUCCAAGCGCUUUUUGCUUGUUUGUUUUUGCAAGCGGAAUUACUGCUCCUUGCGGAAGACCACAGACGAAGGACGAGGUUAAGAACGGGGGAAGUACUGCCGCCUACAGGUCUGGCAUGUCCUUAACAACGUAUUUAUCCGGGUACGUGUGGACAGAGUUUUUUUUAAACAAGGUGGUGUGGAUGCAAGUUUUUGGAGGGGCGGAUAUUCGUUUUUUAAAAAAAAAACGGCUACGUGUGGACUAGGCCUAAGACACCUUACAGCUUUCCACCCAGAGAGCAGGACAAUGACAGCAUGGACCAACACAACGUGGUCACCACAACCAGGGAUGUUGGGAUCCUGAGUAACGACGUCUUACGACAGGCUUGUGGGAAGGGCUCAGCAAGCUGAAGACCAAAGAAGAGUCAGCAGUGAUCUUGUAUCAUUUAUCACUCAGGAUAAAGGCCUACUGCUACAUCUGGAAGCAAUCAUCGCAGGAAAAGUGUCAUCCACCUGGGCUAGGGUGGACAUUUUCUUUGAGGAGGAUGAGCAGCUGGACAGAGUGAUGGGCUUCUUCACAAGCCUGGUUGAAGCACAGACAACCAGAUGUCACAAUCAAGUGGCAUUCAUGAUGGAUGUGCUUCUGCCAGAGCUGUCCAUGAAUGUUGACGGACAAAGCCACAGAACAGUACGGCAGUGGGCUGCAGUAUGACUGGAGUGAGAGGCAGCUGAUGUCCUAUGCCGUGGAAAAAAACACGAGCAAGGAGGCAAAACAGAAACUGCUCAUAUACACGGAGAAACUCAGAAAAGCUCUGGACUCAUCUGAUAUUUUGAAGAGGCUGUAGUAUUAUGUUGACAUAUUUUUUUUUUGGAAGGUAUUUGUAAGGCCAAUAAAAGUUGUUGCUGGUUGUUUCA